AUGCUAUUUAAUUUUGGGGAGAAUGAGAUGAGUUUGGAAAUCAAUGGCCGAGUGGUAAGGACUGAGACCAGGUUAUGUCUUAGAGAAAAUGAGGUGUUCAACAUUUACUCUCACAAGUGUGUGACCCUGAUCUGUGACGGGAUGGACAUGCGCCCCGUCAACGGGACCUGCAUCCUCAAGGACAAGCAGGUGAUGGACGGAUCUGGACAACUCUACCCUCACGGUGCUCACAUCUAUACCAUCACUCUCAGUGUUCGUGGGAAGGACACGUUAAUGAGGAAGUUUUGGAGCCAUGCUGCCCCAGGGAACUUCAGUCUCACGAAACAUGGCGCUAUCAUCUGUUCCCACUUCUCACGGAGUCACACUGACCAGGUGGUUUUCUUUGACUACACUGACGUCCAGAUUGUUCUGACCAUUGUGGCAUCAUCAGUGUCCAUGACCUCUCUUGUUGGGGUACUGCUGGUUUAUAGCUUUCUCCCCCAACUCAGAAAUGUUCCUGGUAAGAUUGUAAUGUCUUUGUCAGCAACUCUCCUUGUUGCCCAGGGUCUCCAACUCAUGACCAAAGCACCAACUGGUCCGAUGUGCGUAGCAGUUGCCUCCCUCGUCCACAUGAUGUGGCUAUCCACGUUCCUGUGGAUGAGUUUGCUGUCUAUAGAUUUAGCUCGGUCUCUGAGAAGCAUGUCACCAUUAUCUGGAAUUGAGAGUCACAACAAACUGUUUUGUCUGUACGCAUGCGUGGGUUGGGGCAUCCCCUUCCUUUUGGUUGUCACGUGUGUUGUGAUCGAUCGUUUCCAUGUGUGGGGAAUAAGCAUUGGCUAUGGAUCUGAUCACGUGUGUUGGAUAGCCAAUCCCAAAGCAUCUCUCUAUGUCUUCGGUCUUCCACUGGCUCUGACCCUGCUUAUCAAUGUAACCUGUUUCAUAUUGACUCUGAUCAGCAUCGAGAAGACGGCCUCCAAAGUCGCUUCACAUUCCAAAAGAUGCAAGAACGAGAAGAAACGCCUGGGCAUUUAUGUCCGUCUGUCGUUCAUCAUGGGUUUCUCCUGGAUCUUCUGUUUCAUUGCUGCCUUCGCCCACGUGCCCCUUCUGUGGUAUUUCCAGAUCGUUCUGAACGGCCUCCAGGGUUUCUACAUCUUCGUGUGUUUCCUCUGUAAGUCAAGGAACUUCAAACUGUUGACGGAAAAGCUCUACUGUUUACCCAAGAAGGCUGAGACGAAGGGCAUUACUGCAACCACCAGCACUAGCUAG